AUGCUUCUCAACUUUUUGCUCUCGUUGGUCUUUGCUGGCUUGGCUGCUGCUCAAUGCAAUGGUAAUACUGCGCUUUGCGGCAGACAGUAUUCCAAUGUUUCAUUUAUUGGAACCCAUGACUCGGCUUUUGUUGGUGUCUUGCCUACGGACAACCAGCUCUUGUCUGUCACCGAUCAACUCAAUGCCGGUAUUCGCUUUCUGCAAGCCCAAACCCAUCUGCUGAAUGGAGCUCUCGAAUUGUGCCAUACCUCUUGUAUCGAGGAAGAUUCAGGAACAUUGGUCUCUUAUUUGACUACUGUCAAUACCUGGAUCGCCGCAAACCCGAACGAAGUCCUUACAAUCCUCUUGACCAACGGAGACAAUGUGGAUGUUAGUCUGUUCGGCAAUGCUAUGUCAACAUCUGGGCUUUCCGCCUACGCAUACACUCCACCCAGCGGGCUCAGCAUGUCCGAUUGGCCUACACUUCAAGAGCUUAUCACCGCUGGAACCCGUCUUAUCAUGUUCUUGGAUUAUGGAGCAGAUACCGCCACAGUUCCGUAUAUCUCCAAUGAGUUCGCAUACUAUUUCGAGACCGCAUACGAUGUCACAGACAGCUCGUUCCCUUCUUGCGCCCUCGACCGACCUCCUGGAUCAAGCGGAUCAGGAUUGAUGAUGAUCGUCAACCAUUUCUUGGACUUGGAUAUCCUUGGUAUAUUGAUUCCUGAUGAACUUGCUGCUGGUACCACGAAUGCUGUGACCGGAACUGGUAGUAUCGGAGCGCAAGCUAGCUUGUGCUACACUACUUGGGGAAGACUGCCGAAUGUGGUUCUUGUUGACUAUUUUGAGUUGGGUGAUGUGUUUACGGCUCAGAAUACCCUUAAUGGGCUCUAA